CCGUAUUGUCUUCUGUGGUUACGCUACCAUUAGUGUACAAUUUUGUGCAAGCGAUGCAAACCCAUAUGUCAAGCGAAUUGGAUUACUGUAGAGCGAAAACCAGAGACCUAUGGGUGGACGUGUUUGCAGCGCAAGAUUCAUUGAAUAUUCAUCGAGCACAGUCACUUUCUGAGAAAGCGGAAUCAAGAGUGCGAAGGGAAUGGUCAUUUGGGCGAUGGAUCGAGAAAGGAGAAAGCAAUGGUGAGUCGAUGAUGAGACAAUAUGGUGGUAGUGCUUCCUCGUCCACUCGUCCUUUGGGCUAUGAAGAUGUGAAAGUCACUGGAGUUGAGCAGGGAACUUGCUGCACCUGUCAACAAGGCCCAGCAGGCCCUCCAGGACCUCCUGGGGACGAUGGCUCGGAUGGUCUCGAUGGGCAACCUGGACGUAACGGCAAACCUGGUAGAAAUGGAGUUGUUCUACCAGCUCUUGGUGCACCACCAGAACCAUGUAUAAUCUGCCCACCUGGACAACCUGGACUACCCGGAGCGGUGGGACCCAAAGGACCUCCAGGUCCUCGCGGUAGUCCUGGAAUACCUGGAAGCAACGGAAAGAAGGGUGAAGUAGGUAUUAUUGGCCCUCGUGGACCCACCGGACGACCAGGCAGGCCGGGAGCCAAGGGUCCUAAAGGGGAGCCUGGAAGAGUCAUACUGGUCGCCGGCCCUGCGGGACCACCAGGUACGCCGGGUGAACCUGGUCCCCGUGGACCAAAGGGAGAAAAAGGAAAACCGGGAGUUCCUGGCACGCCAGGGCAGCAAGGAGGCCCAGGAGGUAGGACCACCAAAUUUUUGGGAAUUUUGGGAAUUCGCACCAGCUGCUAUAAGAAAAUGUGUUUAGAUCGUGGGAAUCCUGGAACACCUGGACGACCAGGACAAAGAGGGGAACGCGGCAUACCUGGGGAACCUGGAGUGAAUGGAUCA